AUGGAUUCUGCACCCCAGGAGACCGAUCCCGCCUCUACCACAAUGAAAGUCACCGGAAUGAAAGUCGCCAGAAUCACUGAACGGGGACUUCCGCCCACCAUCAUGAAUGCAGCCAUCAAGCCCCCAACCCCGGAAAAGCUGCAAGUCAGAGUCCUCGCCGUGGGAAUCUCCCAGCAAGUCCGCAACCGAGUCGACGAAGACCACCCCUCGAGCAGAUUCUACAUGCUGCCCUUCGACCCCACUGUGGAUGGCGUCGUCCAAGACGAAGCCACCGGCGACCUCUACUACGUCCUCCCCCGCGGGCCACGCCUCCUCGCCGAACGCCUCAACAUUCCCAAGCACGAAAUCCUCAAGCUUCCACCAAACACCGACCCCGUCAAGAUCGCCGGCCUCACUGGUGCCUGGCUUCCGACCUGGGCCCUCCUCAUGGGCUGUUCCGGACACAAGGUUCUCAUCGUCGGCGCUACUACCUGCAACGGCCGCGUCGGAGCUCAAAUUGCACGCUACCUCGGAGCCUCCGAGGUCAUCGGUCUGGCAGACGACGAAGCUGCUCUCGCAACGGUCCACGGACUCACUACCCGCGCCCUGCUCGGCAACCCCGUUGAUAUUCCCAAGUUCAAGGGUAUCAAGUUCGUGGUCGACUUCAUUGGCGGCGAAGCGGGCGCUGAAGUCCUGGACCAGAUCAACCAGGGCCCGCUCAUCUGUGAGCUCAAAUACCUGCCUGCCUGGGGCCCUCGUGGCGGUGACCCGUUCGUCGUGGACGUGAACCUUGUGAUCAGGAGAAGAAUGCGAGUCAUCGAUCCCGCGCUGUCGGUCUGGCAUCUUACGGCUCCGCAGAAUGUGGGGAAGCUGCGGUUUGCUAUUCAGAUGAUGAGCAUGAUUAAGGUUCCGUUUGAUAUUGUGGCCAAGCCCAUGGCGGAGGUUGCUGAGGUCUGGAAUCAUGAGUACUUUAAGGACUUGAAGCAGGUGCUUGUGCUGGUUCCUUCGGAGCGCAAAGUCCAGGGUGAUGUUCAGCUGUUCAAUAACAAGAGACGGGCGGUGGGACAGUUGACUGAGCAGCCUGCGAUGAACAAGAAGCGAGCAUAA